AUGACACAUAAGAAAUCGCUCGAAGCAGCUAUGCAAGAUUUUCGUGGAAAAGAUCAACCGAUGGGAGGCGCUGGUAUACUUCUUGCAGGUGAUUUUCCUCAAACAUUACCCGUUAUAGCUCGAUCAACGGCUACAGAGGUGUUGAACGCGUGCUCAAAAGUAUCGCAUCUGUGGAACUAUGUCGAAAAAAUUACGCUCCCAACAAAUAUGCGAGUGCAUUUGCUGCAAGAUGCAUCUGCCCAAAUAUUUUCAAAGCAACUUUUGGAUAUCGGAAGUUCUAUUGAUCGCACAACAAAUGAGAUAUCAUUUCCGUCCAAAUUUUGUCAAAUGCAACAGAGCAUUCAAGACGUCAUCGACAGAGUAUUUCCGAACUUAGCGAUCAACUACCGAUAUCCGGAAUGGCUCCGCACACGUGCAAUUUUAGCUCCGAAGAACGAUGGUGUUAGUAAAUUAAACGGUCAAAUUCAAUUGAAAAUUCUAGGAGAAGCAGUCGAAUAUAAAUCGAUUGAGGUAGUAGUGGAUAAAGAUCAAGCUGUUAAUUACCCAACUGAAUUUCUUAAUUCUUUGGAGCCACCUGGAAUGCCUCCUCAUUCGUUGGCGUUAAAGGUUGGAUCACAAGUGAUGCUUAUUCGGAACUUGAAUGCGCCAAAACUGUGCAACGGAACCAGUGAUAAAAAAAAAAUAACACCGAAUUUGAUCGAGGCAACAAUCAUCAGCGGUAUAUUCAAAUGGGAAGAUGUGCUGAUUCCACGUAUACCGAUGAUUUCAAACGAUUUACUGUUCGAAUUCAAGCGGCUUCAAUUCCCAUUGGGUCUUGCUUUUGCAAUAACUAUAAAUAAAGCACAAGGGCAAUCAAUAACUAUAGCGGGUUUGGAUUUGAAUGUGCUUUUCACAUGGGAAAUUAUACGUCGCCUGUUCACGA